AUGAAAGUGCGGUCGGUCCUCCGAGGACUACCUGCAGAGGCAAGCUCUUCCAGAUCUGCGGCUGCACGUCGAGGAGGUGCCGACGUCUCUCACAGCCUCUCUAAGCUUCCGGUCCCCCAAAUGCAGUGGCUGGCGCUUGCAAUGGCUGAAGCAACUCACGAGACUGUCGGCACGGCCUACAAGUUCCCAGAGCCCGAGAAGAGAGAGAUGGGCUCCGCCGUGCCAUACUGGCCAAGUGAACAGCCUGUGGGAAUGCUGCAACAACUUCUGCUGGUCGUGAUCUCAGCCGAUGCUGCCUUAGGCACCUCCUACGGCGACAGCUACAGCGACUCUAGCGACAACAGCUCAUCUAAAGCUGGAUUCCACAGCUCCCACGAGCUGCGUGAUAUGGUAGCAAGAUGGCAAGCAAGCCAUGUGAAUGCAACAGAAAGGUCAGAGAUAAUCCUAAAGUACGGUGAGGCGACAGACUGGAACGUGUCUCUGGUGACGAACAUGAGCGGGCUUUUCAUGGUUUCUGCCUUCAAUGAAGAUAUUAGCAUGUGGGAUACCUCAGCCGUCACCGACAUGACUGACAUGUUUAGGCGCGCAGCUGCUUUCAACCAGGACAUUGGCAGGUGGGACACCUCAAGAGUGACAAGCAUGGCCAGGAUGUUCAGAGGGGCCAGGGCCUUCAACCAGGACAUUGGCAGUUGGGACACCUCAAGAGUAACACGCAUGGACAGGAUGUUCAGAGGGGCCAGUGCCUUCAACCAGGACAUUGGCAGUUGGGACACCUCGAGAGUGACAAGCAUGGAUAGCAUGUUUGACUCUGCAAGUGCUUUCAACCAGGACAUUGGCAGUUGGGACACCUCAAGCGUCACAAGCAUGAGAUGGAUGUUCUGGGGCAGGUGGCGAGAGCCAUAUGCCUUCAACCAGGACAUUGGCAGGUGGGACACCUCAAGAGUGACAAGCAUGGCUGGCAUGUUCUUCGGGGCCAAUGCCUUCAACCAGGACAUUGGCAGAUGGGACACCGCAAACGUCACGAGCAUGUAUGGCAUGUUUAAGGGAGCGAGAGCCUUCAACCAGGAUAUUGGCAGUUGGGACACUUCCAGCGUCAGCAGCAUGGCCGAGAUGUUUUCCAGUGCAACUGCCUUUAACCAGGACAUUGGCAGUUGGGACACUUCAAGCGUCACAAGCAUGGAGCGGAUGUUCUCCGGAGCAAGCUCUUUCAACCAGGACAUUGGCAGUUGGGACACUUCAAGCGUCACAAGCAUGGAACGGAUAUUCUGGGACGCCAGUGCCUUCAACCAGGACAUUGGCAGUUGGGACACCUCAAGCGUCACGAGCAUGGAAGAACUGUUUCGCUCUGCACGUGCCUUCAACCAGGACAUUGGCAGUUGGGACACCUCAAGUGUCACCAGCAUGGAGAGCAUGUUUCACUCUGCAACUGCCUUCAACCAGGACAUUGGCAGUUGGGACACCUCGAGAGUGACAAGCAUGGAUAGCAUGUUUGAGUCUGCAACAGCCUUCAACCAGGACAUUGGCAGUUGGGACACCUCAAGCGUCACAUACAUGAAUCUAAUGUUUAGCUCUGCAAGUGCCUUCAACCAGGACAUUGGCAGCUGGGACACCUCAAGAGUCAGGCACAUGUCUGCCAUGUUCAACAACGCCAGCCAGUUCGACCAGGAUAUCGGAGGAUGGGACACCUCACAUGUCGAAACCAUGAGCUUCAUGUUCCACUCUGCCAGCGUCUUCAACCAGGACCUACAGCAGUGGAAUGUCUCGGGUGCCAGUACCGUCGGCAUGUUCGAUGGUGCGGCGUCUUUUGACGUAUCACCGUGCAAGGCUGGCAGAACAGGCGCAGAGAACGGACUUGGCUGCAAAGCCUGCCCCGCAGGGCGCUUCUCCUUGGCAGACUCUGACUUUUGCGAACAGUGCGGCCCGAACAUGGUGCCGCUUCUGGACCAAAGCAUGUGCAUGGCUUGUUCCGCUUCCCAGUAUGCACCGCGGGGUUCGGACGCAUGUUUGCCCUGUCAGUGGCCUUUCUUGGUUGUGGAAGAAGGCUGUGCAUGGUGGCACCUGCUCGCAGCAGCAGGGUGCCUUCUUAUGAUCCUUACGAUCUUGGGCUGCAUGGUCUCAUACCGUCGAAGGAGGAGAGCUGCGAAAGCCGAGAAGGUAAUGGCACAGUUGUUUGAGGACAUGUGGGAUGAAGGCCCAGAUACAGCCACACACUACCAGAGGUUGCUACGUAGGCUUGGGCUUGACGAUGCCACAAUAGCUUGGCGCAUCCAGGAGUUCCGCAAGCUGCAGAGCCAGACAAGCGGAGUGAGCAUGAGCUACCUCCUCUCAUCCGACUUCAGUGACUUAGCACAAAAGCGCACGGAUCAAAGCGACCCCACCUUCAAUGACAUGAAAGAUGCCUUCUGGCUGUCAGAUGACCCAAUAGGGCAGAAAGUGAUCUGUCCCCGCGAUGGCCGAGAGGGCUGUGCGCUCGUCGACUGGAUCCCACGCCAGCAUCGGCGACGGCAAACUCACUUCAUGUCUUGGACGUGGCGCUACCACCUGUCGCAAAUCACAAGCGCUCUAGACAUGCACAGAAGGAGCAUGUCCGAGCUCGUGUCGGAGCACAUUUUUUUCUACAUGUGCUUCUUCGUCAACAAUCAAUUCCGGAUUAUCGUGGAAGCCACUGGCUCAGGAAGUGACAAUCUCGAGGAAGUCUUCGAGAGCAACUUGCGACGGAUCGGCCGCAUGGUUGCCAUCCUUGACACUUGGGAGGAACCGGUGUACUUAACCCGCAUUUGGACCGUGCACGAACAGUUCGUGGCGUCGCAACUGGGGAUUGAGGUAAGCUUUGCAAUGCCCCAGCAAGCUUCCGAGACGCUAGAGCUGGAGGUAAGUCGCGGGAGCGACGGCAUCGGCCGAGUGACGCAGUCGGUAAGCCGCGUCGACGCAGCGAAUGCGAGAGCAUGGAAAGAGGACGACGAGAUCAAGAUAAAGAUGCUCAUACAGCAAACCGUGGGCUUCAAGCAAGUCAACAAUUAUGUGAUCCAGGCUGUGGCGACAUGGAUCGGGAAGGUGGUGCAAGACAUCUUCCAACGCAAGAUUGACGCGCACCGCAAACACUUCGUGGAUAGCUCCUUGGAUGAAGCUCGCGCAGACGUGCUUUGA